GAGCGGCAACGGGUGAGGCUGCAGCCAACUCUGCUCCCCUCGCACUCGGCUGCCCGGGCGCUCGGGACAACAGCAGCGGCGCUUUUCCCUGGGCUGACCGCCCGCAAUGUCCACUUAGGAACGGCGGCAGCGGCCAGCAUCGCCACACCCGCAGCACACCGCGCCCGGUCGCAGAACGGGGCUAGAGGGUGCACCCCUGCCCCAGCCCCCACCCCGCCCCCCACCCUGAAAUGACUUGUUAAUCGGCGCAGACACUACCGGAGGGACUCGCUGGAGUGGAAUCCAAGUGGAAUUUGGAUUUGAAGAAGAGUUUCUUGAACAUUCACUCCUCCCUUAUUGUUUGUUUUUUUUUCUUUCUUUCUUUUUUCUGCUCCCCUUCUCCGCCUUUCAUUGGAGAUGAGCACAGAGCUUUUGCAUCCCAGAAAGUAGUCGCCGCGACUGUUAUCCCCAAAGAGACAAGCACACAUGUAGGAAUGACAAAGGCUGGCGAAGGAGAGAGCGCAGCUCGCGGCCCAGAGAUCCUCUCGAUAAUGGAUUACUAAAUGGGAUACACGCUGUACCAGCCCGCUCCGAGCCCUGGCCGCCUACCCGUCGAUGCACCGAAAAGGGUGAAGUAGAGAAAGAAAGUCUCCCCGCUGAACUACUAUGAGGCCAGAAGCCUUGCUGCUAUAUCUCACACUGCUGCACUGCGCUGGGGCUGGCUUCCCAGAAGAUUCUGAGCCAAUCAGUAUUUCGCAUGGCAACUAUACAAAACAGUAUCCGGUGUUUGUGGGCCACAAGCCAGGACGGAACAGCACGCAGAGGCACCGACUGGACAUCCAGAUGAUCAUGAUCAUGAACAGGACCCUCUACAUCGCUGCCCGGGACCAUAUUUAUACUGUUGAUAUAGACACAUCACACACAGAAGAAAUUUAUUGUAGCAAAAAACUGACAUGGAAAUCUAAACAGGCUGAUGUAGACACAUGCAGAAUGAAGGGAAAACAUAAGGAUGAGUGUCACAACUUCAUUAAAGUUAUUCUAAAGAAAAACGAUGAUACUUUGUUUGUCUGUGGAACUAAUGCCUUCAACCCUUCCUGCAGAAACUAUAAGAUGGAUACUUUGGAACCUUUUGGGGAUGAACUUAGUGGAAUGGCCAGAUGCCCCUAUGAUGCCAAACAUGCCAACAUCGCAUUGUUUGCAGAUGGAAAACUAUACUCGGCCACAGUGACUGACUUCCUUGCCAUCGAUGCAGUUAUUUACCGGAGUUUUGGAGACAGACCAACCCUACGGACUGUCAAGCACGAUUCAAAAUGGUUGAAAGAACCAUAUUUCGUCCAAGCAGUGGACUAUGGAGACUAUAUCUACUUCUUCUUCAGGGAAAUAGCAGUGGAGUACAACACCAUGGGAAAGGUAGUUUUCCCAAGAGUGGCGCAGGUUUGUAAGAAUGACAUGGGAGGGUCUCAGAGAGUCCUGGAGAAACAGUGGACAUCUUUCCUUAAGGCUCGCCUCAACUGCUCAGUUCCCGGAGACUCUCACUUUUAUUUCAACAUACUCCAGGCGGUUACAGAUGUGAUUCGUAUUAAUGGCCGUGACGUUGUCCUGGCAACCUUUUCCACACCUUAUAACAGCAUCCCUGGGUCUGCAGUUUGUGCCUAUGACAUGCUUGACAUUGCCAAUGUUUUUACUGGGAGAUUCAAAGAACAGAAGUCUCCGGAUUCCACUUGGACACCAGUUCCUGAUGAACGAGUGCCUAAGCCCAGGCCGGGCUGCUGUGCUGGCUCAUCCUCCUUAGAAAAAUAUGCAACCUCUAAUGACUUUCCGGAUGAUACCCUGAACUUCAUCAAAACGCACCCGCUCAUGGACGAGGCCGUGCCUUCUGUCAUCAACAGGCCGUGGUUCCUGAGGACGAUGGUCAGAUACCGCCUCACCAAAAUUGCGGUGGACACCGCGGCUGGGCCCUAUCAGAAUCACACUGUGGUUUUCCUGGGAUCAGAGAAGGGACUCAUCUUGAAGUUCUUGGCCAGAAUAGGAAACAGUGGUUUCCUAAAUGACAGCCUUUUCCUGGAGGAGAUGAGCGUUUACAAUCCUGAAAAGUGUAGCUAUGAUGGAGUAGAAGACAAGAGGAUUAUGGGAUUGCAACUGGACAAAGCAAGCAACUCUCUGUAUGUUGCAUUCUCCACCUGUGUGAUAAAGGUUCCCCUUGGUCGGUGUGAACGACAUGGGAAAUGUAAAAAGACCUGUAUCGCCUCCAGAGACCCCUACUGCGGGUGGGUGAAGGAAGGAGGUUCCUGUGCCUAUCUGUUGCCCGGCAGCAGACUAACUUUUGAACAGGACAUAGAGCGUGGCAAUACAGAUGGCCUUGGAGACUGUCACAAUUCCUUCGUGGCACUGAAUGACAUUUCAACUCCUCUACCAGAUCAUGAAAUGUCUUACAACACAGUAUAUGGGCACUCCAGUUCCCUCUUGCCCAGCACCACCACGUCAGAUUCGACGGCUCGAGAGGGGUAUGAGUCUAGGGGAGGAAUGCUGGACUGGAAAGAUCUGCUCCAUUCACCCGGCAGCACAGACCCUAUGGGGGCAGUGUCUUCCCAUAAUCACCAAGACAAGAAGGGAGUGAUUCGCGAGAGUUACCUCAAAGGCCAGGACCAGCUCGUUCCUGUCACCCUCCUGGCCAUCGCGGUCAUCCUGGCGUUUGUCAUGGGGGCCGUGUUCUCCGGCAUCGUGGUCUACUGCGUCUGCGAUCACCGGCGCAAGGACGGGGCCUCGGCGCAGCGCAAGGAGGAGCUCAGCCACUCGCGCAGGGGCUCCAUGAGCAGCGUCACCAAGCUCAGCGGCCUCUUCGGGGACACCCAGUCCAAAGAGCCGAAGCCGGAGGCCAUCCUCACGCCGCUCAUGCACAACGGCAAGCUCGCCACGCCGGGCAACACGGCCAAGAUGCUCAUCAAGGCCGACCAGCACCACCUGGACCUGGCGGCCCUGCCCACGCCCGAGUCCACGCCCACGCUGCAGCAGAAGCGCAAGCCCAGCCGCGGCAGCCGCGAGUGGGAGAGAAACCAGAACCUCAUCAACGCCUGCACCAAGGACAUGCCCCCCAUGGGCUCCCCCGUGAUCCCCACGGACCUGCCCCUCCGGGCCUCCCCCAGCCACAUCCCCAGCGUGGUGGUCCUGCCCAUCACGCAGCAGGGCUACCAGCACGAGUACGUGGACCAGCCCAAAAUGAGCGAGGUGGCCCAGAUGGCCCUGGAGGACCAGGCGGCCACCCUGGAGUAUAAGACCAUCAAGGAACAUCUCAGCAGCAAGAGUCCCAACCACGGGGUGAACCUGGUGGAGAACCUGGACAGCCUGCCCCCCAAGGUCCCCCAGCGGGAGGCCUCCCUGGGGCCCCCGGGAGCCCCCCUGUCGCAGAGCGGCCUGAGCAAGCGGCUGGAGAUGCACCACUCCUCCUCCUACGGGCUUGACUAUAAGAGGAGCUACCCCACGAACUCGCUCACCAGAAGCCACCAGGCCACCACGCUCAAAAGAAACAAUACUAACUCCUCCAACUCCUCGCACCUCUCCAGAAACCAGAGCUUUGGCCGGGGAGACAACCCGCCCCCCGCCCCGCAGCGGGUGGACUCCAUCCAGGUGCACGGCUCCCAGACGGCGGGUCCGGCAGUGACUGUGUCGAGGCAGCCCAGCCUCAACGCCUACAAUUCAUUGACCAGGUCGGGGCUGAAGCGCACCCCCUCGCUAAAGCCGGACGUGCCCCCCAAACCUACCUUUGCCCCCCUGUCCACAUCCAUGAAGCCCAACGAUGCGUGUACAUAAUCCCAGGGGAUGGUCAGGUGUCGAGCCGGCAGGAAAGGCGAGGCGCGCUGCGCCCGCGCGGUUCUCCGCUGCCUGAGGGCACACCAGACCGAGAGGGCCGCGCAGCGCCCGGACGCUGGGCCUCUGGGACUCGGGGGGGACUCGCCAAGUGGCCCACGCGGUUUGGUGAAGGUUUGCGACGCGGGACUCGCCUCCAUUCUCUUCCUUCACUCUCCCCCCACGCCCCGCUACAGGAAUGGACUCUUCCACACACCGCCCUAUGAACAGCUCUUCAGAAAG